AACACCACCACAGGAAGAAGAAGAAAUGCAAAAACGAAAACAGUGAAGAAUUUUUAUGGAAUCAGUAAUGCAAAAGAUUGCUAAAUACAAAUAAUUCAUAUUUGGUGGAAGUAAACAUAAAUGGAUCUACAAGCAGCUACAGGAACAUCAAAUAUGGAAGGUGCGGUGGGUGACCAAACUACUGAAAUCACUGCUAUAAAUAUUAAUGAAAAUGCUGAAGCUAUGCCACCAAGUGAAGGCCGAAAUGGUGGGGCUUCCCUAGAAUCGACGCCAAAACCGCAUGCAAAUAGUAGUGUUGAAACAGAUGCAACAGAAACAGUAAACGCAGUUGCUGAACAGCCGUCCGUAAUAAUAUCGACAAACGAAAAUGUACCAAACAUUACUUCCAAUACACAACCAGACACGGAGUGCGACUUGCAGCCACCGGAUGCUAAUACAACACCUAUUGCUUCAAAUGAGGACGCGAUCUCUUCAAACCAGGAAGAAAUUAACUUACAAGAAGAUGUGCAAAUAAUAGACAAUAACAUAACGGCCGCUCCAGUAGCUACCAAUAUGGAAAUUGAAGCUGACCAACAGCAAAGCCUUGCAAACGCUGAGGCACAGCAAGAGGUUGAAGCAGAUGAUAUAUCGUUAGACGAGGUUGUUCAAAAUAAUAAUGAGAAUGAAGAUGAAAGUAACGACGAAAUACGUUUUGAUCCCUCACCACUAAUCGAACCACUAUUAGAAGACGACGAAAUGGGCGAACAAGGCGUGGAUGAUGAUGAUCAGCCAAUAGCUGAUUAUGAGGGUGAGGAUAACUUAAUGCUGGAGGACAUAUCGGAUGAUGCUUCAACUUCACCAGAUGCUGUUUUUGAUGAUGAUCAAAUGCGCGCUGCCUUUAGUGAAAUGCUUGUACAAAAUAGACGCGGCGGGGAAAAUUUCAUGCAACGGUUGCGAAGCGCUUUCUUUACAAUGGAACACAAUAGAGAACGUCGACGCAUUGAAACUGAAAACAACGAAGUGGAAAUUGAAGAGCCCGAACCUGAAAAUCCUGUAAGCUUUGACACGAGCUUACCAGCUGAACAUUCAUAUUUAGGAGAGAAUAUGGAUCGCGUGUCAGGUGUACAUUAUUUGGAAGUGGGACAACAAUACAACUUAAUGCUUUUCAUGCAUCAGCAUAUAUUAUUUCCCGGCGAAGUGCUGCCCUUUAUGAUCUCCGGUUCAAUUAUCGAGUCUGAUAUGAGCGCACAAAACGGUUUACUUUUUGGCGUUUGUUUUCCCACACUCUGCAACAGCGAAGAUAUGGAUGAUAACUUUUAUGGCGUCACUUGUCAAAUUUAUGAAAAAGGAACAGAUGAACGUGGCAACACACUAAUCAAAUCACGAGCUUUACAACGUUUUGUCACUAAAGGAAGUCAAAUAACUGGUCCCCUAUCAUUUAUAGCUGCCCAUCCACAAUUCAAGGUGUACGGCAAAGUUAGAAUACUUCCCGAAAUUUAUCUACGUGAACCACUACAAUGCAUUGAUAUGGGUUCACUAAAUCGAUUUCGUGAUAUAAACUCCAUGCGCGAAACCUAUAAACGUUAUCAAGCAGCCACAACCGCCUGGCCAACACAUAUUUAUGACUACUACAGCAUUACGGCCAUAGUGGAAAAAGCGCGUUCUCAAUUGGCACAGCACAAGAUUGACACAAUGCCCACUGACCCAACACAGUUAUCAUUUUGGUUGGUGCGUAAUCUGCAUUUGUCUGAUAGUCUAAUGAAGACCAUAUUUUUGACCGAUUCGGUUAAUAUACGCAUGAAACUCAUAUCGGACACAUUUACAGAUGAUUCGGUGUUUACCUGCCGUUAUUGUGGUAAUCGCAUUGCAAAUUGUCAACAACUGUUCGCAAUGUCAAAGCAUGGCGUGCAAACACAAUACUGCAAUUCGGCUGGUUAUAUACAUGAAACGAACACCGUCUAUCAACUCUUACCGGAUGCAAUUACAUAUAGUGGUCAGCCAUCCUCGAAAUUCAGUUGGUUCCCUGGUUAUGAAUGGCACAUUAUUGUCUGUAAAAUUUGCUCUCGUCACAUUGGUUGGAAAUUCAAGGCGCUCGAACCGAAUUUAGUGCCGAAAUCAUUCUUUGGCAUAUCCAGCUCUAGCGUACGCAUUAGCUCACCAACACCGGAAAACACCAAUACACGUGCAGCUGUCUUUCAAAGCUUGAUGAGAUUGGUGCGUCGCGAGAUGCAAUGAAUUUGGCGAGCGGUGAAGCGUUUAAAUUGCAAUUGCAACUGUUGCGGCAUGAGGCGCGUUAAUCGCCCACAGCAACCGCAAGAAAAUGAACUCAAUGUUAUAGAUUUGGUAUGACCCUAUGUGUUUAGUGAUGUGUCGCAUAUGGAUUGCCAAACAAUUAAAGACAAGUAAAACGUUUCACCCAGAAUUAUAUAAAAUUGUCUAUAUACAUAUUUAAGCGGUGCUAAUGUUCGUAUAGAAUUAAAAAUUAUACUCAUCGGCCAAUUUGAUCGCGAGAUUUUGCAGCGAGUAGCGAGAAAACGAAUUAGUAACUUCAAGAGGAAUGCUUUCUAGAACAAGAGUGAAUGGAAAUUGAUUUUCACUUUGAAUUAAAAUUUUAAGAAACAUCCAAAUAUGUAUGGAUCUGGA